ACGAGUCACAUAAGCAGCAUUAAUGGUAUGGAUCUCUCUCUUAAAUUAGCGAAGCUUAAUAAAAUAAGGCAGGAGCCUUUAUCCGUCUCGAUAGAAUACGCCGCCCUCAGCAAAACCAACCUUCCUACGUCAUCAAAAAGAGCCGUUGUUUAGACACACGCACACAUGAAACCGUUUUGGUAAAGUUGUUAUAGAAAGAAAACUAAUAGCGUUCACGGCAUCAUAGCGGCAUCCUGCUCCUGCUGCUACAGGGAAGAUUACACUUUCCCUUAAGUCUAAAACUUGAUACAAGUCCCGCUGGAAGCUGUUGUUUUUUUGUGAACUACAGGAAGCAAAAGCAGAACUUCACAAUGUGCCAGGUGGAUGAAGACUACCACAAUCAGCUGCAUCAAGCGGAGGUGCCCAGUGUUUCUAAGAAAUGUGUGAAAUGCAAAGAGGCUGCUGCAGCUGUGGUCAUCAGAGCAGGAGAUACAUACUGCAGGGACUGUUUCAAGGAAUACUUCAUUCAUAAAUUCAGAGCCAUGCUGGGCAAAAACAGGGUGAUAUUCCCUGGAGAGAAGGUGAUGCUGGCUGUAUCUGGAGGUCCUUCUUCCUGCUCAAUGCUCAGUCAAGUCCAAGAGGGUUUGAGUCAGAAUGCUCACAAGAAGUUGAGAUUCUUACCUGGCAUUGUCUUCAUUGACGAGGGUGGUGCUGUAGGUCAGUCUGUGGAGGAGAGGGAGCGCACAUUGGCUGAGCUGAAGGCUGUGUUCAAAGCCACUGGUUUCCCUUACCACAUGGUGCCUCUGGAACAGGUUCUGGACCUUCCUAGUUCAGUUGUGGUGACGGGUCCUUCACCUUCAGAGCGACCUGCCAGCGCCUACAAAGAAGCUGUGGAUCAUUUCAUUGAGAGCAACUGUAGAAGCUGUUUGACACCACUUGAACCGGAGGAAACAUCACUAGCCGAUUUCCAGUCCCACACACAGUUACUGCAGCAGCUGAUUGGCUCUGCUAAAACCCUGACAGCCAGAGAAGACAUGUUAAACACAUUAAGGCAGCAUCUGUUGGUGCACACAGCUCGGACUAAAGGCUACAGUAAACUGAUGCUAGGAGACAACUGCACCAGACUAGCUGUUAAAUUGCUCGCCAAUAUAUCACUGGGCAGAGGAGCACAGUUGGCUCAGGACACGGGUUUUGCAGACUCCCGGUAUGGUGACAUAGUGUUGGUGAGGCCAAUGAGGGACUACUCCGCUAAAGAAAUCACUUACUACAACCGUAUUUUCAACGUGCCCUCUGUUUUAAUACCAAGCCUGGACAGCAAGACAACAGAAAAGUCCAGCAUCCAGCAUCUGACGGAGAGCUUUGUCACCAAACUGCAGGCGGACUUCCCUUCUACUGUCAGCACCAUCUAUAGGACCAGUGAGAAGCUGCAGACAGCAUGUAAGAGCUCCUCCACAGCUGACCCCUGUGACAGAUGUCUGCUCUGUAUGUGUACCCUGGACAUUGCUGUUGAGAGUGCUUCAGCCUUUAAUGCUACACUGAUCUCAGAGCAGCUCUCCCAGACUAACCUUUCAGGAGCUACCAGUGCUUCGAUCCCAAAACAACUCCCAGCUUCCCACUGGGAAGCUUCAACUGGACCAUGCUGCUCCUCUGGUGGAGGAGAGAACUGUGGGAAAACAGCGAGUGUUGGAGGCUGCUGUUUGCCUGCCAAGGUUCCAGAGACAUCUGAUCUGAGGAGCCUGUUGUGUUACAGCUGUCAGCUGACCGUCAAAGACAUGUUGACAGUGGAAAUCCUACCGCAGUACAUCCUGUCAGAGGCUCAGAGGAGGCAGAGGAGGUCCCAGAUGAAAGAGGAGAUCAGUGAGUUCCUGCUGGAUGAUGCUGACGAAGGCGAUUAGAGGGAAAAGUGAAGCUUAAUUGUAGCAGCACUCCGAUUGGUCUUCCUUCUUAACUAUGGCACUUCUAGAGUCAUGUCGACAAAAACACUCUUUUUCCAUGCGAUCGACGAGACAUGACAACUUUUUUGUCUUUUAAAAUGUUUACUUAAGAACAACAAAGUAAAUUACAAGUCUGACGCAUGGUCAAAAGACUGUAAGCAACAUACUCUAAGCAUUGCAUGAAUUACAAUGAAAUUAUCAUAAUUCAUUUUUUAACUGUUUUACUAAAAUUAUUAUUGCUGAACUGGCCCUUAUUGGCCCUUACAUGAUGUUUACCUUUCAGUAGUCCACCUUAAAUAUAUGGACAACACAUUUAUGCUAAUUUCCACGUGCAGGGACAUGUAUAGAAUUUUUUUCAAAAGCAGCCAUUAUACAGUAUGUAUUUCUUUAUCUGUGUGGGCUGCAUUUUUUCUAACAUUACAGACACGAUAUUGGAUAGUUAACAUUUUAGGAACUGGUCAUAAUAAAGUAUCUAUUUUUACUGCUA